AUGGCGAAUCCCUGUGUAGACCAGUUUGUUUCUUUCCUAGCACAGAGCCUGACCCCUAGCUAUCCUGAAUUCAUCAGCAAGUUGAACUUCAUAUCGUUGACAGUGAUUCUGGUUCCACUGAUAAUCUUUGGCCUUCUUGGAAACAAACUGACUCUUCUGGUGGUUUGGCUUCGCCCAAACAUGAGAAGCUCAGCCCACCUCUACCUGAGCAGCAUGGCUGUUAGUGACCUGCUGAUCCUCCUGCUGCUGGCUCUGGAUCUAUUGAAGAUGUGGACAGGCUGGAAGUUAGGAGUCAUCGUCUGUAAGCUGAGCACGUUCCUGUCAGAGGGCUGCAUCUUCUGCAGCAUCCUCCACAUCACAUUUCUCUCCCUGGAGAGGUACGUGGUUGUCUGCUGGCCAAUCACCGCAAUGACGCUGGUGACACGUUGCAGAACCAGGGCUCUGAUUGGCUGCCUCUGGCUGGGAGCGGCUGUCAGUGCAGCACCAUUUUUGGUCAUGAUGGAAGUGGAUGAAAUCAAAGUGUGCAUAGUAUCACAAUCCUCAUUCUCCUCAGGCCUCGUGUUGGCCAUGAUAAUUCUCUAUUACCUGUAUGUCCUGGUACCCCUGUGCAUCCUGGGACUGGUCUACAUCCUGAUUGGACGGACUCUGAGGCUCCGUCCACAAAGAAGCAGUAAAGACAAGAGUCACCAACACACAGUCAAGAUGCUGGGAGUGAUCUUCUUGGCCUUCCUCCUGUGCUGGUUACCCUACAUCGUCGGUCUGACCAUGUCCUAUGGUUCUCAGAGAACUGGUGUUGAAAGUCGGGGAACUAACAACGAUACAAACACACACUCGGACAUGAACACUCCUCCUGAAAGCACUGGCAACGUGGCCUCUGUUACCGAACCUGUUAGCCUCUCAGACUGGGACCUGAAGUCACAGAAGGACACACAGUAUUUUAUCCUGGUCGCCGGGAUCCUCUCCCGUCUCAGUGCUGCCAUCAACCCUCUGGUGUACAACCUGAUGUCCGCCAGGCACACGUAA